AUGUACAAGAUGGAGGUAGCUGUUGACAUGAGUUCCAGUUUGAAUUCAAAUGCAUCAACGCAGACUGAUUUUGUGAACAGCCCAAUACUGUGGCAGUGCCUUUAUGUCUUACAACAUAUGCCAGAGUUUCGAAACUUGACUUAUAGGAUUACAAAAACCUGGAAUGAAGUGGAAAUGAUCAUGGUGUACAGGGAAGGAGUUGUAGGAGUCUUUGGACCUCCAGUUGACAGCAUUACCUUGACACUUGACCCAAAGGGCAAAUGCCUGUUAUCUAUCCCAUUCAAACCAGUGCAGAGAGUGUCAGUUGUCUCUCCUGAGAAUGGACAUAUUGAGAUAGCAUCUCUCCUGGCUGUGCUUAGAAUGGUUGCAGGCAAGGGAUACUUGUUUUGUCCUGGUCUUCCUGAGAGAUUUCUGGCAGGAAAGGCCUGUGGAAAAUUUGUGGUUCUUCAUAAAGUUCCAUUUAAACGCUACCAGUCCACAGCAUGUCCUGUCUACUAUCAAACACAACAGACUAAUCCCAAGUCUUCACUGUGUGCACUCUGCCCACGAUGUAUGCAGGCUGCAAAGUGGAUUCAGUCCCUUCCAUAUUUUUCUGCAAAUGGGACAGCAAAGGCUUUACAGCAGCCAGCACAGCAAGCAGGAAGUAGUCAGCAGCAACUUUAUCAGAGACCUGUCAUACAAAAUGUAACCACCAAAAGCAGUUUAAUUACACAAGAAGUCAGCAGUCAUAGCCCUGGAUAUAUUUUUUCUUCUGCACCAGCUUGUGGAUUCAUGUCUCAGGGAAUUAUGAAUAGGAGCUCAUUUAAAACAGUUCCUAAUGUGUCUGAAGUUCUGAACAUUUACCAGAACAGUAGCGGCGUAUUCCAGAAAACAGGCAGCAUGGAUGUGAAUGGGAACAGCCAAAUAGCUGAAGUCUCAAAGAGCAAUACCUGCACGUCAGGCCAAAGUGGCAGUGCAGCAGCACAUAACCAGCUAAAUUCUGUCAGUGAGAAACUACUUGAGAGAAAGUCUUUCCUUAGGAGUUUGCUGCAGGAAAGGUCAAAAAAUAAAUUAACUACUGCACUGAGUGUCAAAACAGAAACUGCAGACGGAGAAGCAUCAGUGGAUAAAGCAUGUGAGCAGACUAAUAGUAAAAAUAAAAAGGGCAGACAAAAACAUAAAAAUGUUUGCCAUUAUUGUAAGAAAACAUUCUCCACCCCUGCAAACCUCAUGAACCACUUCCAGAGACACGAAGCAGUGUCAGGAUCCUGGCAAAAACAGUUCAAAGAGCGACGGCUGAAGAAAACCCAUGCCCGGUCCUCAUCGUUGAUGAGAAUGCUGUGCUGGAGGUUGAAGUCAUUAUUGUGCCAGCAUGGAAAGAAACCUGCUUAUGUAUCAGAAACUUCAUUAAGAUUAUUGCUCAAGUACUUAGAUGACAUGAUUCCUUUUCUGAAUGGAGCUACAUCUUUAAAGCAGAUUGGUCAAACAGGCAUGAAACAAGAAGUAGCUAAACUCGAGGAAAAGACUGACUUCCAUAAUGUUGAAAACGCAGAAAAUGGGACAUUUGAUAAAAAAUAUAAUCUGAAAAGGAACUCCGGUGGUCACUCUGUUAUGCAAACAUUGUUGGAGGCAGCAGCAAUAGCUGGAGCAGACCAAGAGCAUGUUAGCAGCCCUACUAUUUCAUCAUCUUCAUCUCUGGUUGUGGGUACAAACUCAGAGGGAGCAGUACCUACAAUUUCCCAGGCACCGCCGACACCAACAGUUCUGAUGGAAUUAGCAGAAGGCAGUGUUCCAGAGAAGAGACGCAGAAAAAGUCAGAAACUGAAAAGAGUCUCUAAAAAACAUAGAAAAACAAAAGAUAAAGAUGUCAACAAUGAAACUGUGAUAACCAACAGUACUGGAAAUUCAUUGAACCAUUCUUUUCUAACAAAUCUGAAUCUUCUUUCGGACGUCAGUAUGCAAACGGCUGUAUUAGAAACAUCAGCAAAAACAGAGAAUUCGAUUAAUUGUGCACAUCAGCUUCCUACCAGUGUGUAUCCACAAUUCAACGAAUCAUCAGUUUCACAUUCCUCACCUUCUCCAAUCAGCUGUCUGAAUAGUGUGCCUGAAAUAAAUGCAUCUUUUUGUAAAGAUUACAAAGCACAUUCACCACUACUCACAAUUGUAAAUGGAAGCAAAGCUGCUGCCAUUCCACAUUUGCCACCAUUACUACUUGCACGGACAGAACCAGGAACAUCAUUUCUUUUUCACUCUCAAAAGCAAAACCAUUUGCAGCUAGGGUCCCCUACAUCUUUACUAAGACAGAGUAUGACUGUAAAUGAAAAGCACCCAAUGUUAUCCCCAUCUUUAAUAACAACAUCCAAGAGUACUGCAAGCCCUGGCAGUGACUGUGGAGCCAUUGAUCUGUCUAAACCUAAACUUUCCCAGGCUGUUAAGUGCAUUCCAUUCUUUGUAGACACAAAACUGGACUCAUCAGCCUUGCCUAGCCUGCAUCAGAUGGUUACUUAUGAAAACCCUGAAAUUGCAUCAUUCUUAAAGAGGACCACAACGGCUGCUGAUGUGACCCUUCAAGGAAAUAAUGAAACUCAGUCUGCUGCAGUGGCAGCUGCAGGCAGCAGAAGUGCAAAGUCAGAUCUCCAGUUUCCUUCUACAAGCAAUACCCUAAGAUGUAAAGGCCGAAAAGGGGUGAAAAAUACUAGCCAGUUACAUACAGUUGUUAAUACCUCAAGCCAUUCAUCUUUACCAGGAGACAGUUCAUUGGUGCAGAGUGAAGAAAUUCAUUGCUCCUACAAAUGGACUGGAUCCGGUGGAAUGGUGAAGGAGCAUACACAGAAGGUUCGAGAACUGGUGCCUUCACAUAUCAUGGCAAGUUUCCUUUCUAAACCUUGGUUGCCAUCUGCAGUCACUGAACCCAGCAGUGUCAGCCUUUACCACUCUCCUAAAGCUCCAGUUGCAAGCCCACCACAGACAGUGAUGUCCAAGUCAGAACACCUGAUGCCAAUGAAGCCUCAUAACUUCCCUGUAACCUUGGCUGCUCUAAACCUAUCCAAGAGGAAACCGAUGGAUGUAGCUCAUUUUAAUAAUGGAGUGUCUGCUAGCUCUCAAAAUCAGGCUCUUAUUAUCUCUACGUCAGUUUCACCUGCUGUUUACCAUACCUCACCUUCACCAAGUUCAGCAAAUGCAAAGUCUUCCUGUGUUAACAUUUCAGGACUCACAGACUACCACCCUGCACACCAUCCUGAAACCACAGAUGUACAAGAUCGUCAUCCUGUUACAAGUAGCCCAUAUAAGGCACAGUUUAAGCACAGGAACUUCAUCAAUUCCUCAUCACAUUUGUCAGCUCAUACUUCUUCCUCCACUGGUACAGCUGUGCCCAGUCCAAGCCUAAGUGUAUUAGGUCAACGAGCAGACAAGCAUGAUUAUAAUUCUAGGAGCAUUAUGGGCAACAGUUCUCCCCAUGGAAGAUUGCCAGAUUUCAUAAUCAGUCAAAUGAUCACACCAGUUAAUUCUGAGCUGUCUUGCUCUAGAAAUACUUACAUUAAACCUGAGCCAGAUUUUUCUCAAAAUCUGGAUCAGGGAAUGACUAUCAUGUCCUUGCCAGUCAAAGAAGAAAAUGUGGAUCUAGAUGUAAAAAAUGGGAAUAUUUCAAGUGAAGGUAACGACUCUUCUCCUACUAAUCUUGUUCUAGAUAUGAGCCCAGACUCAACAACCAUCAAAGAUGAAGUGAAGACAUUAACUUUAGGAGGCCAUUUCAUUUCAGAGAAAGCAGAUGUGAUUUCUCAAAAAAAUUCAGUUAUGUGUGAUUCUUGA